GCCAAGGGCGGGCGGGGAAGCACUGAACUGAGCAUGCGCACAAGCCGCCUCGGUUCUUCCCCUAAGUUAAGAAUGGUGGUUGAAGCGCGCCUGCUUCUUGUAGGUUAGCUGAAGUGACUUCGAAAGCUGCGUUCAGAUUCUCACGGCUGGCCAACACUUGAUGGAAGAUAGUGGCCUGCAACUCUCAGACGACGCUAUUACUGGAAUGCUGGACACUGAGUCCCCUGCCAUGGAGAGCAAUGGGGAUGCCUUUCUUCCUGACCAUCCUGUUCUAGGCCAAGCUGCGGACUGGUCCAUGGAUCAGGUCGCUCCAGAACCGAUCACCAACAUCCUGCCCGAGGACUCGGACGCAUCUCAGGAUGCUCCGGUAGAACCACAGCAGCCAGACCAAGAUAUGAACUCCACGGGGCUAGGCGCUGUGGAGAAGGCCGUGGAGCAGUUUCAGCUCGCCAGUGCUCAGCUCUUUCAAGAAGAGCAGCCACCGCUUCCGCCGCUUCCACCACAGCCCGCAGACGAGCCAGAACAGCCAUACGUACACAAAACGGAGGAGAUGAAUCUAGAGUCAGAGGUUGCUCCACAAGAGGGUACCGAGGCACCACAGGCAACAGAGGAUGGCAUGGAGCUGGAAGAACCGUCCAAAGAGACGGCAGAAGAAUCGAUUGUUCCUUCAGAGCCACAGCUGCCCAGCGAGUUUGAAAAGCUCUUUAAAGGGUGUGAGGAGAACCCAGAAGACUUCAAUGGUUGGGUCUACCUGCUGCAGUAUGUGGAGCAGGAGAAUGUCCUUACAGCUGUUAGACAGACGUUUGAUGUGUUCUUCCUACGUUAUCCCUACUGCUAUGGCUACUGGAAGAAGUAUGCUGAUAUUGAGAAAAAGCAUGGCAAUUACCAGGAAGCAGAAGAGGUGUACAGAAGAGGCUUGGCGGACAUCCCGCUCAGUGUGGACCUGUGGCUGCACUAUCUGACCUAUAUCAAAGAGAACUCAGACCCUAAUGACCCAGAGGCGGAGGGACGCAUUCGAGCUACCUAUGAGCAUGCAGUGCUUGCGGCAGGAACAGACUUUCGCUCAGACCGUCUGUGGGAGUCCUUCAUCAACUGGGAGACAGAGCAGCAGAAGCUGGCUAACGUCACCGCCAUCUAUGACCGCAUCUUGUCCAUCCCGACCCAGCUUUAUUCCCAGCACUUUCAGAGGUUUAAAGAUCACGUGCAGAGCAACAACCCCAAACACUUCCUGUCAGAAGAGGAGUUUGUUCAGCUGAGGCUCGAGCUCUCGAAAGCCAGUCUAGCGGCAAUGGUCGGCGAGGAUGAAGAGACGCCUGUUCCUCAGGAGGAGCUUCCACCUGGCACAGAGGAUCUUUCGGACCCUGCUAAGAGAGUGACAGAGAUCGAGAAUAUGCGGCACAAGGUGAUCGAGGUUCGACAGGAAGUGUUCAACCACAACGAACAUGAAGUCAGCAAGCGCUGGGCCUUUGAAGAAGGGAUAAAGAGACCAUACUUCCACGUGAAAGCCUUAGAGAAGACGCAGCUGAACAACUGGAAGGAGUACCUGGAAUUUGAAAUCGAAAACGGGACCCCGGAACGCGUGGUCGUUCUUUUUGAGCGAUGCCUCAUCGCUUGCGCGCUCUACGAGGAGUUCUGGACCAAGUAUGCAAAAUAUCUAGAGGGCUACAGCACAGACGGCGUGAGGCAUAUCUACAAGAAGGCGUGUACCGUCCAUCUGCCCAGGAAACCAGCCACCCACCUGUUGUGGGCUGCCUUUGAGGAACAGCAAGGCAACGUCGAGGAGGCUCGUGGCAUCCUGAAGUCCCUAGAGGCGGCAGUCCCAGGUCUGGCCAUGGUGCGACUUCGGCGGGUCAGUCUCGAGCGACGCCACGGUAACUUGGAUGAAGCGGAGGCCCUGUUGAGGGAGGCCAUGGACUCUGCGAAGGAUGCUACUGAUUCGUCAUUCUAUGCUGUGAAGCUGGCCAGGCAGCAGAUGAAGGUGCACAGAAGUCUGAGCAAAGCCAGGAAGGUGCUGCUGGAAGCUAUAGAGAAAGACCAGACAAGUCCUAAACUCUAUCUGAACCUGCUUGAGCUGGAGUACAACGGAGACGUGACACAGAACGAGGCCGAGAUCUUGGCUUGUUUCGACCGAGCCCUGACGAGCCCGAUGCCCCUCGAAUCACGCCUCCUGUUCUGCCAGCGCAAAGUCGAGUUCCUCGAGGACUUUGGCAGUGACAUCAAUGUGCUCGUAGCGGCAUGUGAGGAACUUCAGAAACUACAGAAAGAAAAUGAGUCCACGAAGAGGAAAGCUGAGAACGGGUAUGACAGCUCUCAAGAACCUGACGCUAAGAGACAACGUGUGGACGACGCUUCCUCUGGUGCAAACGCACUGACAGACACGCAGGCCAACAACUCUGCAUACAACUACAACUGGUACCAGCAACAAUACGGUGGUUGGGGACAAAACUCUUGGGGGCAGUACGGCCAAUACGGCCAGUAUAACCAGUACUACCCUCCUCCUCCAACAUGAUGGACAGGAUCCUGACAUGAAGACGGAGACUCAGAGGAAAGCAUCCUUCCCGACCUGCCUACAUCUCUGAACAGGACUAUUUAACAGGGUGUCAUGGAGAUUUGAAACACAGAAGCUGAUUUGUUUCUUCUUUCUGCGUUAAAGUGUGCUAAUCAGUUCAAUUACACUUCGUAGCCAAUUUUUUUUUUUUUUUUUUUUUUGUGAAUACGAUACUCUUGGCCCUCCAUGGCAGUCAUGUUGAUCAAUGGAAAAAAAAAAAACACCCUUCAUUGCUACAUCCGUCAUCUCCAACACUGGCUGUUUUUUUUGGGGUGGGUGGGUGUGGGGGGGUCUUUAAUGCAUGUUAUUUGUGAAGGCAAAUUUAUUUUCUCCCUGUGUGAUGAAAGGCUUUUUAAUUUUUAGAUCAGAUGAUUUAGUUUGGUCUCUUUCCUUGUGUUUAAAGAUUUAAACUUGCAAAGGAGGCAUUCGUCGGUGUACCUCUGAGUCGUGUUUCUUCAUCCAACUGAAAGAUUUUUAAUAUUUCGUGGUUAUGAUUCCAUAAAGAAAUUGAAGAGUUCCUCCUUUUUUAUUUUGACUUGAUUUCAUAAUAAAGAGAUUGAUAUCCUGAA